UCACCAAUUCUCACUGUGGAGAGCCAAGGAAGAUAAUCCCUAAACCGGCAAAUUUUGCGACGCUCCCUCACGUAGGCUUCCCCAGAGCGAAGCGUGUGGGCUAAGAACUACAUUUCCCAUGAUGCCCUGAGUCUGACCCGGAAGCUUAAAUCGGGGGGCGCUCCACGGGACAUUUGUAGUGAGUGAAAACAUACGUUUAGAAACAAGUUAUUAGCCUGCCUUUUCAGACGUAGCAUCCGCUGUUUUUUACUCGAUGGGAAAAAUUUUUCAGAAGCAGUGGCUUCUUUAGGCCGUCCCCAAGACGAAUUUCCGAACCUCGGGAGGCAAAGCGUGGCACUGGGGUCAGAAGGCGGAGGUCACAGGACCGAAUUGGCGGGAGAAUGAAGCGUCGUCCACAACCCGAGACAGCCGGGGCUCCUUAAAGCUCCUGGUCACCGGUGCGGCGCGUUGGGAUUGUGGACCCGGAGGAUGUGACCCCACCCCCUAGGAUGCCCGAAGAAGUGAACUCGCUUGGCACCAGAGGGCUGACUGAUCCCUAGGAGACUAGCCCUCCCUGCAUGUUGGGGCAAGGACCUCAGGCACACAACGUAUCCUGGUGAACCAACCAAGGGAAUGCCACCCGUCAGACUGGAAUAAUGUGAAGAUUUUUGUUGUUGUUCUCCCACAAGCUGACAAGGCCAAAUCAUAAGCAGUUGACAGAAGAUAUCUUGGAAGAAAUCCUUGCCUGACAUGGCUCCCAUAAAGAUCAGCCACGUGGUAUCAUUUUCCUCUCAGGACCCCAAGUAUCCUGUGGAGAACUUGUUGUACCCAGAUAGUCACAGAGGACCUUGGCUCAGCUGUCCUCAAGACAAGAGUGGGCAGCUGAAAGUGGAACUGCAAUUGGAGAAGGCAGUGCCCAUUAGCUAUAUUGAUGUUGGUAAUUGCGGCACUGCUUUCCUGCAAAUUGAUGUGGGUCGUUCUUCCUGGUCCCUGGACAAACCUUUUGUGACCCUGCUGCCUGCAACCAUGCUAAUGACCCUUGCUGAUUCCAAGCAAGGGAAGAACUGCUCAGGGGUCCGGAUGUUUAAAGAUGAUGAUUUCCUGACUCCAGCCUCGGGUGAAUCCUGGGAUCGACUUCGAGUGACCUGCUCCCAACCUUUCACACGAUAUCAAUCCUUUGGCCUGGCCUUCCUACGGGUGCGUUCUUCUCUGGACUCCUCAGCUGACCCUGUGAUAUGUCCUUCAGCCCCUGGAAGCUCUGGACUGAGCCAGGGCGCUUCUGAUGCUCAGGAGUCUGGUCCUAGCCCCUGGCUAACUAAUCCUGCUAUCCGGCGGACAUUCUUUCCAGAUCCGCAGACGAGCACCAAGGAGCUGUCAGAGCUCAAGGAUAUGCUAAAGCAGCUACAGCCAGGGGCUCUGGGACGCUCAGCCCAAAUGGUACUGUCUGCUGCCCGCAAAGCACCUCCUAGCAGCGUGGCAAGUCCAACAAAUAACCUGGCAAGGAGUGAAGCCCUUUCUAGUACAGAGUCCAGAGCAGAAGAACAAAAGAAAAAGAGUGAUGCAAGCAGGACGAAGAGACAGAAAGUUCAGGACCAAAGGCCUCUGUCCAGCUCACGUUCUCAGCCACACAGGAAGCAGGCAGCAAGGGCAAAGCAAAGAGAACGCCCACCCCAAGCCCAAAACAGGGGUGUCCUGGCUAGCGGACAGUGUCCCAUUUGUACCGGUUCCUUCAGCAUUGAGAUUCUUCCCCUGCACGCUGCCACUUGUGGAGAGACCUCCCCGCCUCAGCCAGCUUCUCCCUCUUCCUCACCGUCUUCCUCACAGUCUGUGUUGAGAGUUCUUUGUGUGACACUAACACCAGUUCCCAUCCCCAAGCCACAGCCCAACUGGACCGAGAUUGUGAACAAAAAGCUCAAGUUCCCACCACCACUCCUGAAUGCCAUCCAGGAGGGGCGGCUGGGGCUUGUGCAGCAGCUGUUGGAGCCAGGGGCGGAGACCUCAGGCACCGGGCCUGGCGGACCCCCUCGGAAUGUGGAGGAAGCCGAGGACCGCUCCUGGAGGGAAGCGCUCAACCUGGCCAUCCGCCUGGGCCAUGAGGCCAUCACUGAUGUGUUGCUGGCCAAUGUCAAGUUUGACUUCCGGCAGAUCCACGAAGCCCUGCUAGUGGCAGUGGACACGAACCAGCCCGCAGUGGUGCGGCGCCUCCUAGCCCGACUGGAACGAGAGAAGGGUCGCAAAGUAGACACGAAGUCUUUCUCACUGGCCUUCUUUGACUCAUCAAUCGAUGGUUCUCGCUUUGCCCCUGGUGUCACCCCACUCACCCUGGCCUGCCAGAAGGACCUGUAUGAGAUUGCACAGCUGCUCAUGGACCAGGGUCACACCAUUGCCCGGCCCCACCCUGUCUCCUGUGCCUGCCUUGAGUGCAGCAAUGCCCGCCGCUAUGAUCUGCUGAAGUUCUCCCUAUCCCGUAUCAACACCUACCGAGGCAUUGCUAGCAGGGCCCACCUCUCACUGGCCAGCGAGGACGCCAUGCUGGCCGCCUUCCAGCUCAGCCGGGAGCUCAGGCGCCUUGCCCGCAAGGAGCCCGAGUUUAAGCCUGAAUACAUUGCCCUGGAGUCGCUGAGCCAGGACUAUGGCUUUGAGCUGCUGGGCAUGUGCCGGAACCAGAGCGAGGUCACUGCCGUGCUCAAUGACCUGGGCGAGGACAGCGAGACAGAGCCUGAGGCUGAGAGCCUAGGCCAAGCCUUUGAAGAGGGCAUCCCCAACCUGGCAAGGCUACGACUGGCUGUCAACUACAACCAGAAGCGGUUUGUAGCUCACCCUAUCUGCCAGCAAGUCCUGUCCUCCAUCUGGUGUGGAAACCUGGCCGGCUGGCGUGGGAGCACCACCAUCUGGAAGCUCUUUGUGGCUUUCCUCAUCUUCCUCACCAUGCCCUUCCUCUGCAUUGGCUACUGGCUGGCGCCCAAAUCCCGGUUGGGCCGCCUGCUGAAGAUCCCAGUGCUGAAAUUCCUGCUGCACUCCGCCUCCUACCUGUGGUUCCUCAUCUUCCUGCUGGGAGAGUCCCUGGCCAUGGAGACACAGCUAAGCACGUUCAGCGGCCGCAGCCAGAGUGUCUGGGAGACGUCACUACACAUGAUUUGGGUUGCAGGCUUCCUCUGGUUUGAGUGUAAGGAGGUGUGGAUCGAGGGCCUGCGCAGCUACCUGUUGGACUGGUGGAACUUCCUGGACGUGGUCAUCCUGUCCCUGUACCUGGCGGCCUUCGCACUGCGCCUGCUCCUGGCUGGACUGGCCUAUCUGCACUGCCGGGGUGCCUCCGAGAGCAGCACCUGCCGCUAUUUCACCACUGCUGAGAGAAGUGAGUGGCGCACAGAGGAUCCCCAGUUUGUGGCGGAGGUGCUGUUCGCCAUCACCAGCAUGCUCAGCUUCACCCGCCUGGCCUACAUCCUGCCGGCCCACGAGUCGCUGGGCACUCUACAGAUCUCCAUCGGCAGGAUGAUCGAUGACAUGAUCCGGUUCAUGUUCAUUCUCAUGAUCAUCCUGACUGCCUUCCUUUGUGGCCUCAACAACAUCUAUGUGCCCUACCAGGAAACAGAGCGGCUGGGCAAUUUCAACGAGACGUUCCAGUUUCUCUUCUGGACCAUGUUCGGCAUGGAGGAGCACAGCGUGGUGGACAUGCCUCAGUUCCUGGUGCCCGAAUUCGUGGGCCGGGCCCUCUACGGCAUCUUUACCAUCGUCAUGGUCAUUGUCUUGCUCAACAUGCUCAUUGCCAUGAUCACCAACUCCUUCCAGAAGAUUGAGGAUGACGCGGACGUGGAGUGGAAGUUCGCGCGCUCCAAGCUCUACCUGUCCUACUUCCGGGAGGGCCUGACGUUGCCUGUGCCCUUCAACAUCCUGCCCUCCCCCAAAGCCUUCUUCUACCUUCUCAGGAGAAUUUGUCGGUUCAUUUGCUGUGGCUGCUCCUGUUGCAAAACCAAGAAGCCAGACUACCCCCCCAUCCCCACCUUUGCCAACCCCAGGGCAGGGGCAGGGGCAGGGGCAGGGGCAGGGGAAGCAGAGCGGGGGUCCUACCGUCUUCGCGUCAUCAAGGCUCUGGUACAGCGCUACAUAGAGACUGCCCGGCGUGAGUUCGAGGAGACCCGUCGGAAAGACCUGGGCAACAGGCUGACAGAGCUGACCAAAACUGUAUCUCGACUGCAAAGUGAGGUGGCCAGUGUGCAGAGGACCCUGGUAUCGGGAGGGGCACCACGGCCUCCUGAUGGAGCCAGCAUCCUCAGCCGCUACAUCACCCGAGUACGUAACAGCUUCCAGAACCUGGGCGCCCCCAUCCCUGAGACCCCAGAGCUGGCCGUGCCAGGGAUCAUGGGGACUGAAGUGUCUUCAGAAACUGGGCUAGAUGCUGCUGGGCAGGGUGAGGCUCCAGCUUCCAGAGAGCCCCGCCCCGCCUCCCCAGCUCAUGUGCUGGUGCACAGGGAACAAGAAGCACUGGGGGCAGGGGACUUGCCCCCAGAAGAGGAUCUAGGGACCAAGGGUGAGUCCUAA